CUGUAUUAUGAUCCUAAUGCUUCAGAUUACACAAAUGAAGUCUAGAGAGGUUACUAAAUUAACCAUGGUUAAAUAUAUGUAUAUAUUAUGUAUUUUGUGUGCUACCUUAUAUAUUAUAUGUCCUAUGCAUAUUACAUAUGUUUUCUGUAGCAAUGCCAAUAUAGAGCAAAUGUACAGCCAGUACACAACAGUGCCAGGUUUUGAAACUGAAUUCUAUGCCCAGAGUCCACUUUUAACCAGUACAUUCCACUGCCUUUCCGUUUCCACAUUUUCCAGUGUCAGUGAGUUCUUAGGAGCAGAGAGGUAUGUGAGGAGUGCUGAGUAUCACUGCAGACUGUCCUAUGCAUGUGGGCACCCUGCCAGGAUAACCUCCUGGUAGCUGGAAUACAGCUCAUGCUCUGCCUGCCAAGGGGUGUGUGGCAGUAUCUGCUCGGGCAAGGGACACUUUUUUCUAUUUUGCAUAAAAAUACAUUUCACUUUCUCUCAUGGCUUCUUUCUUAUUGCUUCGUUUUGCUUUCUCAGGUCUUGGCCUUUCCCUGGGAAAAGGAGGAGAAAAUGAUCAAGUUCCAGGAGCCAGUGAUGUUUAAGGAUGUGGCUGUGGUCUUCAGCGAAGAGGAGCUGGGGCUGCUGGACUCCACCCAGAGGAAGCUGUACCGAGAUGUGAUGCUGGAGAAUUUCAGGAACCUGGUCUCUGUGGGGAAUCAGUUCUACAAACCAGAGCUUAUAUUCCAACUGGAGAGGGAAGAAAAGCUUUUGAUGAUGGAGACAGAAACCCAGAGAGAUGGAUAUAUAGGAACCAAGAGUCAACAUAGUAUGGAGAGUAAUCAAGAAGUGGGAUUAGGCUACAUUUCUCCCAAGGAGCUUUCAUCCUGGCAGACCUGGCAACAAGGUGCAGGUGGUUUAAUAACCAAGUGUCAAGAUUCCAUGAAAAAAUUUCAAGGGAAUAUUUCUCAUUUGCAAAAACAAGGUGAUUUCCCCUGCCAGGUUUGGGCAGGAGUGCCAAUUCAUAUAUCUGAAGAUGAGAACUGUAUACUGACUCAUAUAGAGGAUGUUUCCAAUUGCCUAAAAAGCCAAGAAUUUCCAUCUUGGAGAGCCCAGCAUUCUUGGAGGAAAAUGUAUCUGACAGAGUCACAUAAUUAUCAGUGUAGAUGUCAGCAAAUUUUGAUGAAAAAUAAUUUCUGUAAGUGUGACAGCACCAGUUGGGUCUCACAUCACAAUGAUAGUGUGGGAGUACACAGAACAGAAAAAAAUUACAGCUGCCAUGACUGUGGAGAGAACAUCAUGAAGGUUUCUUUGCUUAAUCAAGACUUAAUACAAAUAGGGCAAAAGCCCUACCCCUGUAAUGAGUACAGAAGAGCCUUCAGUGAUGACUCCAGCUUAGAAGUUUAUCAGAAGUUACAAUUAGAAGGGAAGGGCCACACCUACAGUCCGUGUAGAAAGGGCUGUAGUUACAGUUCAGCUCUUUGUAUUCAUCAAAGUGUUCAUAGAGGAGAUGGUUGUGUUUUUGAGAGUUCACAUCUGCAGUCCCAUCAGAGAAAACCUACAGAAGAGAAGCCAUGUAAGUGUGGAUAUGGUGAGAGCUUCAGUCAGUGCUCCUCUCUUAACACUUGUGAACUUAUUCACACAGGAGAGACAUCCUGUACAUGCAAUAUUUAUGAGAAAGACUUCAGUCAUAGCUUAGACCUUAAUAGUAUUUUUAGGGUCUGUACUGUGGAGAAACCCCAUGAAUAUGAGGAGAAUAGGAAUGUCUUUAAUCAGAAUUCUUGUCUUCAAGUCCACCAGAAAAUCCACACUGAAGAGAAACUAUACACAAAUGUGGAAUAUGAGAAGGGUUUUAUUUGUAGCUCAAAUCUUAACAUUCAGCAAAGAGUUCACAUGGAAGAGAUUCCUUAUAAUUCCGAGGAAUGUGGUAAUGACUUCAAUCUGGCCUCACAUUUUCAGGACCUUCAGAUAGUCCACACUAGGGAACAACCAUAUAAACAUUAUGCAUGUGGUAACAGCUUCAACCAAAAUUCAUAUCUUCAAGGUCAUCAGAAAAUUCACAUUGGAGAAAAAGCUUACAAGGAUUGUGGGAAUGGCUUCAAUUGGAAUUCAAAACUUAAAGAUCGUCAGAGAAUCCACACUGGAGAGAAGCCAUAUAAAUGCAAUGCAUGUGGUAAAGGGUUCAGUCAUAGAUCAGUUCUUAAUGUUCAUCAGAGAGUCCAUACAGGAGAGAAACCUUAUAAAUGUGAGGAGUGUGACAAGGGAUUUAGUCGGAGUUCAUACCUUCAAGCCCAUCAGAGAGUCCACACUGGAGAAAAACCAUAUAAAUGUGAAGAGUGUGGGAAGGGCUUCAGUCGCAAUUCAUACCUUCAAGGCCAUCAGAGAGUUCACACUGGAGAGAAACCAUACAAAUGUGAGGAGUGUGGCAAGGGCUUCAGUCGGAGUUCACACCUUCAAGGCCAUCAGCGAGUCCACACUGGAGAAAAACCGUUCAAAUGUGAGGAGUGUGGGAAGGGAUUCAGUUGGAGCUUUAAUCUUCAAAUUCAUCAGAGAGUUCACACAGGAGAGAAACCCUAUAAAUGUGGUGAAUGUGGUAAGGGCUUCAGUAAGGCCUCAACUCUUCUGGCCCAUCAGAGAGUCCACACAGGAGAGAAGCCAUACCAAUGUGAUGAGUGUGGUAAGAGCUUCAGUCAGAGAUCAUACCUUCAAAGCCAUCAGAGUGUCCACACUGGAGAGAGACCAUAUAUAUGUGAGGUAUGUGGGAAAGGCUUCAGUCAGAGGGCAUAUCUUCAAGGUCAUCAGAGAGUCCACACUAGAGUGAAACCAUAUAAAUGUGAGAUGUGUGGGAAGGGCUUUAGUCAGAGUUCACGCCUUGAAGCACAUCGGAGGGUCCACACAGGAGGGAAACCAUACAAAUGUGAAGUAUGCACAAAGGGCUUCAGUGAGAGUUCACGCCUUCAAGCACAUCAGAGGGUCCACACAGAAGGGAGGCCCUAUAAAUGUGAACAAUGUGGUAAGGGUUUCAGCGGGUUUUCAAGUCUUCAGGCUCAUCACAGAGUCCACACUGGGGAAAAACCAUACAAAUGUGAGGUAUGUGGAAAGGGCUUCAGUCAGAGAUCAAAUCUUCAGGCUCAUCAAAGAGUCCACACAGGAGAGAAACCAUACAAGUGUGAUGCAUGUGGUAAGGGUUUCCGUUGGAGCUCAGGUCUACUUAUUCAUCAGAGAGUCCAUAGUGGUGAUAAAUUCUAUAAAAGUGAAGAGUAUGGUAAGGAUUAUCCUUCAUCAGAGAACCCAUACAGAAAUGAAGUUCUAUGAAACAGUUCUGUUUGUUUUGAAGUCCUCAAAUAGGAACUGAAAUUUUCAAAGCACUAGAGUUCUUAUAGUAGAAAAAGAAUUUCUUUAAUGAAAAUUUAAUGUAUUCACAAUAGUCAGACCACACAGCAGAUAUAUCUAACGAGAGUUUCCAUAAUGGGUUUUGUCACAACUUUAACAGGCAUUGCACAUGACUUAAUUAUCAUUGUACUAGGGCUUAUAAAAGAUAAAAGUAACAAAAAUACAAUGAUGAGUGUGCCUAAAUCCAUGUCCACUCUAACAUAAGCUUUAGUGAGAGAAAGGGCUUCAUUCAUUGCUGAGUUACAAAACCAUGACAUUGCAUAACUCAGUGCAGGUGCUCAAUACUUUUUGCUAAAUGACUAAAAAUGUAUAAAAGUGUCAUAUUUGAAAAUUUUAUUAAGCUCAUUCCCCACCCCCUACCAAGAAAACAAUAUAAAAAUGUAUUUGGAGGAAGAAUCCUGCAAGUAAUCUUAAUAUAAGCACUUCAAGUGGGAAAAUUUACUUGAAAUGUAGGAUAGAUAUCAAGGAAUACUGCAGUAUGAAAUUAAAUGAAUUUGGCUGUAACCUUGCUGGAAUUGGUUUCCAUCCUUUGUCCUAUCUCAAGCAGGAUAAGCUAAAUUCUUACCAUUUGGUCUCUUUCCAUACAGUAUACCAUCAGUUUAAGUUUAGCUAUGUGUUUGUGUGUGUGUGUGUGUGUGUGUGUGUGUGUGUACACAUAUGUGCACUUUAAAUGACAGUACAAACUGAUAAUGUUUUUGGUUACACUGCAUUUUACGUAAUUGACUUUCUACCCCUGCCCUGUGUGUUAAGGCAGAGUUUUACUGUAAUAUUUGCAAAGUGUCAGAAAUGGUUACUAAUGAAAAAUACUUUCUUAAUAAAACUCAAAAUUACAAUA